AUGCGCAGACAUCCAGGUCCUCCGCCUUAUGGUCCGCGUCGCGCAGGAUCCGCCGCGCCCGCUGGCGCGCACGCUGGCGCGCACGGCUAUGGUGGCGGACAGGGCUACACUGGCGGCGGCGGAAGCAGCGGUUAUGGCGGACACGGGUACACGGGGGGAGGCGGUGGCGCAGCUAGGGGCCCGCGCGGAGGCAGGUCGCCGUAUGCGCAGCAUCCUUCCGCGCAACCGCCCGCCGUGCAAGCUCCCCCAGCGGCGCAAGCAACUCCCCCGCCUCCCCCUCCGCCAGCCCCCGUGAACCCCGCCGUGGCGGAUGCCGGCGCGCGGGCUGUGCGGUGGCUUGAGGAGGCAGCGGAGGGAAUCGGCGCUGACGUGGCGUUGCGCGGAGCGGCCAGCGAUUCUGGAGCCACCAGUCGUUUCUUGACAGCUGGUGGCGAUGGAUUGCCUCAAGAGGUGCAGUCCAUAAGCCGAGUGGCGUCGCUACUCCAGUCGCCCAUGGCAUCUCAAUUGCUCGCCUGGGAGCCCACAGCCAGUCGCAUCUGGAUGCUGCUCGAACGCCUGCUCGCACACAGGGAUGCGGUCAUCCAAUCAGCAGCUGCUUCUGCCAUUGGCGUUGCAGCGGCGGUGCGCCUCCCGUCCGAAUCGACCCCUCUUUCUCCAGGCGCUGCAGCUCUGCCAGCUGUCGCCGUCUCAUUUGCAGGAGCGGAGCGUCUCUUUGCGUGGGCCCUCCCCCAGCUCACAGAUCCCAAUGCUGACGUGGCAAACACGCGCCUCGCCCUGCUGGCAGCUGCCCCCUUCUGCCAGCUGGCACCCGCGCCUUUGCCAGAUCCGAACUCAGCCCCAGCUGCUGCUGCACCGGCAGGAGCAAAUGCAGCAGCAGCAGCAGCGACGGCAGCAGCAGCGACGGCAGCAGCAGCGGCGUCAUCAUCAGCAGCAGCAGCGGCGGCAUCAUCAGCAGCAGCAGCGGCGGCAUCAGAGCCAUACGUCUCCAGCUGUGUGCUGGCCUGUCAGGGCCUGCUAGAGGACGAAGGAACGCCGCCCACGCUCCUCCCGCCCAUCCUCUCCGUCCUCGUCGCCGUCGCAGAGCGCUUUCCCGGAACCUUCCUGCAGCAGUUUGAAGAAAUCAUAGACCUGCUGCUGGGGUGGGCCAUGGAGCCGUCAGUUUUGCCGGCUAGCCGGCAGCUUAUCGGCGGCUGUUUCUUGCGGUUUGGCCGGCAGUGGCGGGAGAAGGGAUCAUUCACUCGAAACGUGCUGCUGAAAUUGGUGGGAGAUAUUGAAACGGAGGUGAAAGCAGGUAACGGGGCGGGUGAUAGUGGUUCUGCUGGUGUUGCUUCUGGGGCUGUCGGUACUGCAGGAGGUUCUGGCAGUAGUGUUGGUGGGGGAAGGAGCAGGGCAGCAGCAGCAGCAGCAGCAGCAGCAGCAGCAGCGGCAGCGGCAGCGGCAGAAGAGGCAGACGCUUCGGAUGCUCGCUUGGCCGCGCUGACUUUGUCUUUUAGUGCCGUUCUGGGCGGCGUGACAGGCUGGCGAGGUGUCCCUAGUGCCAGCACUCGUAGCGGGGCUGUUGGGGGAAGUGUGAGUGGCACGGUUAUUGGGAAUGCAGCAGUUACGCGCGGGAAUGCGGUUGGGAGAGAGGAUGAAUCAUGGCGGCAGGUGGUUCCUUUGGAGAGCCUGUUCCGGCGCUGGCUGGUGCUGCUGCGAGAUCUCCUGCAGGUGGACAUUCAGGUGGAUUCUCAGGUGGAGGGAGGAGAUGGUGGGACAGCAGAGCCAGUGGCAGCAGUGGGGGCGAGGGCAGCAGCAGGAGGGGGAGUAGCAGGAGGGGGAGCAGCAGGAGGGGGAGUAGCAGGAGGGGGAGCAGCAGGAGGGGGAGUAGCAGAAGGUGGAGCAGCAGGAGGGGGAGGGCAGGUGAGGAGGGUGCCAGUGGGGAGAGCAGGGGUGGCACGGGUGGCAUGGGUGGCGGAGUGGUGGGCUGUGCUGCCUAUCUUUGUCUGGGCACUUUGUGUUGGUGGUAACCACGCGCAGUUGUGGAAAGGGAAGGUACAGCAGCACCAGGAGCAGCACCAAGAGGCGCUGCCUCGUUUCUCUCCUGUUGGGCAGUUUCUAAGAAGCUUCUAUGUGCCAGCUGUCGCCCCUCUCCUGAACGCCGUCGCCAGCACGCGCCUCUUCCCGCCGCCCGCCCUCGCGGCCGUGCUGCGCUGCCACCUGGCGGCGCUUGAUUCGCUGCGCGGGCUCUGUGUGACGGAGCUGCAGGCUCAACUGGCGGAGGUGGUAUCUGUCAAGUGCAACACAGGAGAUCAGCGAGGCCAACAGCAGCAGCAGCUGCAGGGAAGAGAAGAAGACCUUACGACAGGAGUACGAAACGCAGGAGCCGGAAAAGAAGGAGAUGGGAAAGACGUUUUGCCCAAAAGUUCCUUUGCAGCAGACCCCCUGGCUGCAGCCUUCUCUGCGCUCCUCUUUGCCCGCCCCUAUGCCCCGCUCCCUCUCCUCCGCCUGCACCCCCACCCUGCUGUCACCUCCGCUGCAGCCGACACCCUCCUCUCCCUCCUCGCCUUCCCUCCUCUCGCACUCCUUUCCUCUACCUCAGUCAUCCUUCCCGUCGCCCCUUCUUUGCCGUCCUUCCCCCGUUCCUCCUACUCCCUCCCCUGCUCCCCCCUGUCAGUGCCGCUCGCCUUCCUGCUGGCAGAGAUGCGAGACUGCUACCGCUGUGUCAUUCCCACCACACACUGCAGCAGCACUGGUAACCAGGCGACUGGUGGGGUUGCUGGCGAGGGGGCAACCGGGGCAGGAAAGCAGCAGAGGAAGAAGAGGAGAAGGGCCGUUCACCCACGGGGCUAUCGUGCCCUCUUUGACUGGUCACCCAACUCCGCGCUGGAAGGCUGGUGCAGGCAGCAUGGCUCCCACCUAUUUCCGUCUGCUGCUGACGUGGCGGAGUGGGAUUGGACGGUGGAGGAAGCGGAAGCGCUCCUGCGGUUUGACCUGGUGGCUCUGUCCUCGGGGUUGACCCGCGGCGCUCUGCUGUGCGCCGACAGCAUGAGAUUUGAUGCAGCAGCACCAUCACCAUCACCGUCAGCACCAGCAGCAGCAGUGCGGCUCCAGCAGAAAAUGGCAGAAGGAAUCUCCUCGCUGCUCUGUGCACUUGUUUCAGACUUCCGCCACUGGACCCACCGCCUCUGGCCACUCCCGCGCUGCCAGGUGGCGGCGUUUCACGGGCUGAGGUCCGCCUCUCAGGCAGCAUUCCGAGGCGAGUGCAUGCUGCUGGGGUUUGAUGCGGCAACUAUCGCAAGCACAUCCGUUAUUGUCACAGCCACUACAGCUGGAGCCACCGCCACAAGUGCUUUCCCAUGUGCACCUGUUACUGCCGGCGUUGGAAAUGCUUCUUCUGCGGAAUCAGAGAGUACAAGCGCUGAGAUCGGUACCACUAAGGAUGGCACUGGCAAGUCUCUGAUUGGGGGGAGGAUUAGGAGCAGCACCAGAGGUGCAUCUGCAGCUGCUCUUGUGCUUGCUGAGCUGGCGCUUAGCUGGCGUGACGUGGCGUGGGCAUUGCAGGAGGGCGACUCCUGUGCUGGUCUGAAGCUGGAGGCUCUGGCAUGGCUUCGACAGAUAUCUGAGUCAGCAAUGGCUGAGUCAGCGUUGUCUGAGUCAGUAGCAACACAAGCACCUACAGCAGGAGGAACAGCAUCACAAGCGGCAGCAUUCACACAGUCACUUCUCCACUCAAUCGUCCCCCUUUCCCUCCCCACCAUCCCUCCACGCCUCCUCCUCUCUCUCACCUCCUCUCUCCUCCACCCUUCUCUCUCCAUCCGGCUGGCAGCAGCUGACAGCUUGUCGCUUCUCGCAGCCACAGGGGCGCUCUUUGGCCGGCAAGCUUUGUCUGUAGCGCAAGUGGCGCUGUUCCUGGCGGGCGGCGAUCACGAUUCCGCCAUCCGCAAGGCAAUGCAGGAGUUGCUUCAGAAGGCGCUGCUCUCUGCUGCUGUCUCCCCCACUGUCCCCCGUCCUCUCCCCCUCUCUCCUCUCCGUCCCCUCACUCCCUCUUGCUCUUCUCUCACCUCUCCUCUUCUUACUAUCUCCUCUCCGUCUCUUGUUUCUGAACCACCUGAGAUUCUUCGUGGGCCGUCUUCAGGUGAAGCAUGGCUCCUGAAAGCUGCGGUUUCAGGUGAAUUGCCAGUCCACCUGGCGUCGGCGUCAGGUGAUUUGCCGCUCAAGCCACAUCAGCUCGUGGGGGUUCUCAACCUGCUCUCCCGCAAGCAGUCCACGUCAGCACCGCCGCCGCAUCCUGAUUGGCUGCUGCGGAUCCUGCUCACCCUCCCAUCCUCUCCUCCCUCCACUUCCUCUCUCCCCUCACCUCCUACUGCUUCUUCUCAAACCAUAUCAGCAGCAGCAACAGCAUCAAUUGAAGCAGAAGCAGCAGAUGGAGAGCUGGACAGCUGGCGCCAGCUGGCGGCGGUGAACGGUGAGCUGGCGCUGAGGUGGCUGGUCCAGCUGGCGGCGCGGCAGUGCAUGAGCGGGCGGCUGCGCACGCAUUACGGGGGGGCAUCUGCCACGUUUGCAGCCUUUGAACGGAAUCUCUCUGACGCCACCAAUCCCACUGUCGCCCGCCUGCCCCUGCUGCCCGAAGGGGUGGUGGUGGUGGUGCCAGGGAAGGGAGGGACUCGAAGAGGAGGGAAAGAAGCCUCGGCUUCAGCUUUGGGCCGAACCAGCUCAGCAGGUUCGGGUGGAGCUGGUUUGGCAGGUGGAUAUGGGAGUAGUUCCUCAGCUUCAUCCCCUCAACUGUCCCUCUCUUCCUCUCCCUCUCUCUCAUCUUUCCCUGCUCCCUCGCUCUCCUCCUUCCCAGCCCCAUCCACCUCCUCUUUCACUCUCCUCUCCUCCUCCUCCGCUUCCCCCUCCCUCUCCACCUCCGCCUCUCCCCCUACCCCGCCCAACCUCCCCCCUCCUCUCCCUCCCAUCUGCACCGGUGCUGAGCUGGCACUCGACCCCGAAGCGCCACGUCAGCACGAGCUGGCGCUGAUUUCCCUCCUCGAUUUCAUGGAGGCUUUAGAACGGCAGGUCCAGUCAGCAACGGAGGGCAACUCCUUCACACCCCCACCCUCCAACCCUAACAGCCUCGGGUUUUUCCGAGCCAACAGGCGCGUGUGCGAGGAGUGGUUCGGAAGGUUUCGGGAAGGACUGGUGCAUUUGGCGCUGGGCGUGGGGCGGAAUGGAGCUGUGGUUUUCCAUGCAGGGAAGAAACUAGGGGAGCUUAAGUGCCCUGUAGAAGUGAGGGAGUGGGAGUGGGAGUGGGACGAGGAUGGGGAUGGGGACGGGGAGGGGGAGCGGCAGCAGCUGCUGCAGCAGUUUCAGCAGCAGCAAGGGUGGGCCAGCUCAGCAACAGAUGUCGCUCACGCGGUGCGCCACCUGGCAUUCGGUCUGUGCCAGUCCCGCAAUCCAGAUGCGAUUGCUGGGCUGAGGGAGUGGCUUCAGGUGCUCGUGCGGUCGCUGCCACACCCUCCUGGCUCUGCUCCUGCUAACGCAAGAACAGCAGCAACCGCAGCAUCAGGAGGAGGAGCAGCCGAGCUUCUACAGAAACAUGUGUGGCUCUUGAAGGGGAUGGAGCUGGAGGCAGAUGGAAGGUUUGAGGAAGCUGCCGAGCAUUACAGAGGAGCGAUGGAGACAGGAAGAGUUGGUGAUAGUGGUAGUGGUGCUGGUGGUGAUGAUGGUGGGGUAAGAGGAACAAAGGCGACGGGGGUGGUGGAGAAGAGUGGGUUGGGGCGAGCGGGGCAGUUAGGAGCCGAAGAAAAGGAGGGACAGGGAGGGGGAGAGGGGGAGGGCGAGGGGUGUGUGAUGGGUGCGCGGCUGAUAGACGUAUACAGCGCUGUGGGGGACUUGGAGCAGCUGCAGGCGUUCCUCAAGGUGCUGCUGGGUGCUGCUGGGUGCUCUGCUCUCUUCUUUGCUGCCAAUCCUCUCAGCCAAUCAGCUGAAGCUGCCACAUCAGCGUGCCUUCAUUACCAGCAGGAUCUGUCAUCAGCUCUCUCCCUCGCAUGCUUCGACCCGCUCCUCCUCAACCCCAACCCCAACCCCAACCCUUCUGCGGACAACCUUCUUGCUGGGAGCGCGGAUUUGGGAAGAGCAGCCCACCGAGCCCCACCUUUGCUGCUGCCGCCGCCGCUGCUGUCAGCGCUGGGUCGGCCUCUGUUGUCUCUAUCCGCAGAGGGCUAUCCCGUGAACCCAGCAGCAGCCAUGCCACUGGCGCUAGCAGCACUGGAAUGCUCUCUCCUGCAGGGCACACUAGUAGGACUGUCCAACACACGGGAGCAGCACCCCCAUUUUGAGGCGCCUCAACAGUACAACGCACCGGAGCAGCAGAACAAAUCACAGCAGCAGCAGCAGCAGCAGCAGAAGCAGCACAGGGAUGGGAAUCGUCAGCUCCACAUACACAACCUGUUUGGUUCCAACGGGUUUGGAGGAGAAGAUUCUUUGUUUGCCAGCUGUCACGAUGGCAUAGGCUCGCUGCUCUGGGAGCUGCCCCCUUGGCUCGGGGUGCUCCAAGCCUGCCAUGUUGCCCAGCCACGGCAUGCCGAAGCUGCCUCGGUGCUUCGGCUGCAUCUGGCCCGGCAGGCCAGGCUCGGUGGGAACCUGCGGCUGGCGAACCGGUUGCUGUCUGGUUCGGUGGCCGCUCCGGCAGAGCAGCAGCAGGUUUGGCGAGAUGAUGUGAGAGAAGAGCUGGGGAUGUGGAGGGCGAUAGAGGCGUGUGAGGUGGCACAUGCGGAUGGGCGACACCUGGAUGCUGCGAGAGGCAUGUGGUCCGUCUGUGGCCCAGCUAUGGCUGCCAUGCCAUCUGCUGCCGCAGCACACACAGGAGCAGGUGCAUCAGCAUCAGCAUUGGCGUCAGCAUUAGCGUUGGCAUCAGCAUCAAUCCGUCUUUCUCCUCACUGCAAUCCGCUCGCCGCCCACGCGUGUCUCAAGCUCGCCAGCUGGCUGCUUCCCAUUGGCUCCUUCAGCCAUGGGGUUGGGGGCAAUUCAGGAAAGGGACAGCUGGCAGCUUUGGAUUGGCUCUUGGCCAGCACAGCGAAUGGGUCUUCUUUGGUUCUCCCCCCUCCGUUAGUGUCACAUGGGGUGCAGUCACAGCAGCUUGCCACAUCCAUGGCCGCCGGAUCCUCCUUCACAGAUUCAAUCCGAGCCGUCCAUUCCAUCCAACCAAAUUUCACUCCGGAAUCAGAUCCAGCCACCCGAACCGAUCCUGCUGGCCGAUUUUAUCCCGCAUCAGAAUCCAACCCUGGAAAGCCGGAUCUUUUGUCUGUAGCAGGGGCGGCGGUGUGGGCGGCAGUGGGAGCAUGCAGCGAGAUGUCGCAAGCGUGGCUGGCAUACGCCCAGUGGCUGGACUGCAUGGCUGACACACGCAUGCCCCGCCAUGCUGGCACGCUUGCUGCUGACGUGGCGCGAGGCGACAGCACAGGAGGGGAAGGAGAGGGGAGGUGCAAGGAGGAGGAGGAGGAUGAGGAGGAGGUGGAUGUGGUAGCAGCGCUGCCUGCUUCUCUUGAUGACGAUUACAGUGCUGAUGCUGCUGUGCCUGCUCCUGCUGGUGGUACGGCCGGCAUGGGUGCAUUGAGCUCCAGGCAGGGUGCUAUCUCCCCACCAUCAUUUCAUCUACCGGACACGCUGUCGCUCUCCCCUGCACUCUCUCCUCUACGGGCCGGUUUUGGUGCUGCAGCAGCAGCAACUGCUGCUGCUGCUGCUGCAGAAACCGCCGCUGCUGCUAGAGAAGGGGUGCAUGCCGCAAGUAGUGCAUCGGAGGCUGCUCCUGCUGGGUUCACGGAGGGAGAAAGGGACACAGUGCUGUGUGUUGUUACCGACCUUCUGAAACACCUGCAGCUGGCCAAAACUGAUGGUGCUAGUGCUGCUGGCGGUGGCGCUGGUGGUGGUAUUGAUGCUGAUACUGCUGCCAGUAUUGGCGUCUCUGCUGAAUCAGCCACCAACAAGGCGGCAGAAACGGCAGCAGAGGAAGCAGAAGCAGCGCAAGCAUCCGCGCUCCCAGCUGCCCAAUCACUGACUGCCACGUGUCUGGCAAUCAUGGACCAAUUACUGCUGCUCCCAGCCCCUCCUGCCUCUCCCGCCCCUUCCGCCCUGCCCUCCCACACUCUUGCCCAGCCCCUCUCUGUGUCCCCCUCUCGGUUCAAAGCCAUGGGACCAAACGGAUUGCAUGUGGGCAGCAGGGAGGGAGGUCUGGGUGCAGUAGAGGCGCGUGGAUUGGGCGGUGGGUUGGAUGCGAGGUGCAUGGGAGGUGUGUCAGGGGCGAGUGAUCAGGUAGAGGAGUGCGUGUGGCAGGAGCUGAUGCAGCAGGUGAGUGCAGCAGUGGUGCAACAGAUGACAGCCGUGCUGGGCGGAGGAGAGCAGCUGGACUACUGUGGCGAGGAUAACAGCGGGGAUGCUGCUGCUGCUGCUGCUGCUGCUGCUGCUGCUGCUGUUGCUGCUGCUGCUGCUGCUGGCGGUGCUGCUGCUGCGUCAGCUGUGGCAGCGGUGGCAACGCCAGCAGCGGCAGCAGCUGUGGCAGCAGCGGUGCAUCAGCUGCUCGCCACCUGGCGCGCCGCCCGCUUCCGCGCGCUGUCAACGCGACACCUGGCAGCCCGCGCGUACAUGCGGUUCCUGCAGCUCUCUGGGUCUGGGUGGGGUGGGUCGUGCUCGGGGGAGGCAGGAGGGGGGGGUGGGGUGUGCAGGGAAGGAGGAGAGGCUGGUGGGAGGAGUGGGAAAGAUGGCGGAAGGAAGAGCAGGAAGAGGAGUAAAGGGAGUGUGAGUGGUGCAAGGGAGCAUGGCAGGGGAGAAGAUACGAUGAGCAGGAAGGAGGGAUGGCCACAGGGGUUGGAGAGAGGUCAGAAGGGGUGUGAGGCUGUUGGGAUGGGUGGGGCGAAGCAGAGCGGGUGGGAGGGGAGGAUGGAGGAGGAUGGUGGGUCAUGCGGGGGGGCGGUGGCAAGUGGGAGUGCGGUGCUGACAUGUGUCGCGAUGCGAGUGGUUGAUAUUCUCAUGCAGCACGGCUCGCAUAUGCCGCCCGUGGUUGCCGCCCCUGUGGAUGUCGGAUGCCCACACGCCUGGCAGCCCAUUCUCCCGCAGCUCCUGGCUGCAAUAUCGGCGCAGCGCAGCGCGGCAGUCAGGCUGCAGCUGACACGUGUCCUGCUCUCAUUGGCCGGCGCCGCCCCGUCCCUGGUGGUGUACCCGCUGUGUGCAGCUGAGAAGCAUCGCCUGCAGCACCUCAGCCUCGCGCUCGCCUCCCUCCCUGCUGCUGCUGCUCCUCCUCCUACUGCCUCCCUCCCUCCCGCUGCUCCUCCCACUACUGCCCCUCCUACUGCCCGCUCUCCUACUGGCAUUCCUUCUGCCCCUCCUACUGCCCCUCCUACUGCUCCUCCUCCUGCUCUCCUUCCUAACUCUACAACUGCUGGUUCGGCCACUUCUGCCAGUGCUGCCGAUGCAUCAGUUGCUGUUGAUGACGUGGCAGCUGACCUGGCAUGGCACGUGGCGCUAUCGCAAGCCACGCCUGGUUGGCAUCAGCUGCGAGCUGCUCUCUCCUUCCUGUCGACUCAAAAACCGACUCACUACACGCGAUUCCCCACCCCACGCUUCCAGGAGCACCACCAUCCUGCUAUGGUGACAUCAGCGCGUGCGCUGCUGACAUCAGCCGAUCGCCUGGCGGUUUUGCCAGAAGAGAGAUUGCUGACCUCCCUUCAGUCCUGCCUCUCCCUCCUCCACCGCUCCCUCUCCUCCCUCCUCCACCGCUCCCUCUCCUCCCUCCUCCUCUCCACCCGCCACCAACUCUCCGCUUCCUCCGCCGCCGCUGCUGCAGCGGUUGCCGUCCCAGCCGUUGCUGAUGUGCGUGUGGGGCAGAGACAGGGGCUAAGGCAGGCACAUGCUGCUGCUGCUCCUUCUGCUUCUGCUGCUAUUGGCGGUCGUAGUGAUGGUGGUGUUGCUUUGGCAGGAACCCCCCUGCUAGCAGCGGUGAUUCCGGGGGUUGCGAUUACGGCUGUGGGGAGUGGAGGGGAGGGGGAGGGGUCGGAGGGAGAAGCAGGGAGAGAGGUGGAGCGGCAAGAGACAGGGGUGGGCGAGGGGGAGGGGGAAGGGGAGAGGGAGAGGGAGGAGUUAGCUCAAGACGACAAUGAUGAUGAGGAUGAUGGCAGGGGGGUGGUGGAUACAGCACUGCCUGCUGUAGCCGCGCUACAGUCGCCGCCCGCUGAUGUCAGCAGCGGCGCACUACGAGACAAAUGCCGCCCGCUGGAGGCGGCUGUAGCGGCGCUGCAGAGGGAGCAGCGGCGGUACCUCUCGCUGCCAGCUGUCGUACCAGGAUUCGCCGCUUUAAGGGACACUGCUGCCCCUGUCCCUGGUUGCUUAUCCAACUCUGUUACAAGCAGAUUCGUUACAGGGAGUAGUGAUCCCUCUCCGAUUAAUUCAUGUGCUUAUAAUGAAGGGCUAGUGACAGUCGCUGCUGUGAGAGAUAAAGUGGAAGUUCUCAGCACCAAGACCCGCCCGAAGCGCAUCGUGAUCGUCGGAUCCGACGGCCAGGAUCGCAGCUUCCUGAUCAAGGGCCGCGAGGACCUCCGAUUGGACGCACGGAUCUCCCAGCUCUUCCAGGCAGCCAAUGGGCUGAUGCAGAGCCACGGACCAACCAGGAAGCGACAGCUGGCGGUGAGGCAGUAUGAGGUGGUGCCUACGGGGAGUCAGUCAGGCAUGAUCCAGUGGCUUGAAGGGUUGCAUAGUCUGUACUCGCUGUAUAAGGCGUGGCAGUCCCGCCAGGCUGCUGCUGCCACCGCUGCUGCUGCUGCCGCUGCUACUGCUGGUGGGGUUGGUGCGGCUGGUGGUGCUGCAGGUGGUGGUGCAGGAGGGAAAGGAGGAGCAGCAGCACCGGCAGUAGCAACGCAAGCAGCACCAGCAGCAGCGGCGGUGGUGCAGCGGCCCACGGAGAUGUUCUUUGCCAAGGUGGCGGCCGCGCUGCAGGCCAGAGGCAUGAGCCGCUCCACGCCGCGCUCUGAUUGGCCGGCGGACGUGAAGCGCAGCGUGUUUGAUGAGCUGGCAAGGGAGGUGCCACGUCAGCUGCUGGCAAAGGAGAUGUGGAGCUCAACGACUGGCUCUGAGGGGUGGUGGGACAAGCAGCAGCGAGCCUUGGAGGUCGACGGUGUGCUCCAAGGGGCGGUGGGGCAAGCAGCAAUGGUGAGUGAAAUGAUGCAAAGGGAUGGAAUGGCCAUGGGCUACACAGCAUCAACAGCAGUCACCAGCACAGCGGGCUACAUCCUUGGCAUCGGCGACCGCCACCUCGACAACAUCCUCUGGGACCUCUCCUCCUCCUCCUCCUCCUCUUCCUCUCACUCCUCCGCCCUCGCUUCGACCUCUUCUGCCGGCUCAGUGGUGCACAUAGACUUCACGGUGGCGUUUGACAGGGGCCGCCUGCUCAAGGUGCCGGAGCUCGUGCCGUUCCGCCUCACCACCACGCUCCGGGGAGCCAUGGGGCUGCCCGGUGCUCUCUCCCCGUCCGGCCCGUUCGUCUCUGCUGCUGUCGCCGCGUUUGAGGCUAUGCGGGGCGGGCUGAUGGGUGGGGGCGAGUGGGGCGGGAUUGGGGGUGAAUGGGAAGGGGUUGCUGCUGCUGCUGCUGGGGUAAAAGCAAGGCUUGGAAGAAGAGAGCGUGUGGGGAUGGGGGGAGGAACGGGGAGUGCAGCAGCAGCAGGAGGGGCGUUGCUGCCAGCACUUAUGAAUGCGUUCCUCUGGGACCCUCUGGACGAGUGGGGAGGCCCGCUCGCCCCCGCUGCUGCCACUGCCACUCCCAAACCUGCUCCUCCUGCUCCUGCGGCUGCCCGUACUGCUGCUGCACCAGCACCCUCUGCUGCAGCCAUGCCAGCACCCUCUGCUGCAGCCAUGCCAGCACCCUCUGCUGCAGCCAUGCCAGCACCCUCUGCUGCAGCCAUGCCAGCACCCUCUGCUGCAGCCAUGCCAGCACCCUCUGCUGCAGCCAUGCCAGCACCCUCUGCUGCAGCCAUGCCAGCAGCUCCCGCCCCUACCAAAGCCAACCCCGAGGCUGCUCCUCGGCCUGCAUUUCCAGGUGGUAUCUGGGACGGGGCGCUGCUGCCGUGGGAGGCGGAGGUGGUGACAGGCGCUGCUGCACUGGGCGAACCCAGGGGGAGGUGCACCUGGGGAGGGUGGCAGCAGAGCAACGGCAGCAGCAGCGAGAUCAUCAGUGCUGCUGCACGCUCAGACAAGGGAGGGGCAAUGGUAGCUUCAGUGGAGGCGAUGCUUGGUGCUGCCAUGACACUUCAUGCCUUGACCCACUCUACCUGCUCUUCUUCCUCCUCUUCCACCGGUCCCUACCUCCUGACAUUGGCUCUCAGCCUAUCCGAUGCCGCCAAGUCAGCUGCUGUGUCUGUUCAGCUUCUUAUUGACACGUCAGAAUCCAAGAAUCAGGCUCGCUCCGACCUCGUAGCAGCCCAGGAAUCCUCUAAGAAGCUUCUCACGGAAGAGGAAGCUUCCAGGCAAACGCUGCGAGCAGCCAUGGAAGCCCUCUCUCGCCUCGGCGACCAGCAUCGGGGGAAGGCUCGGCGCGCCGAAGCUAAGGCCGCAGCAGCCAUGGAUGCCGUGGGCGAGGCUCGGCGGUGGUUGGACGACAAGCGGGCAGCGCUUGCUGAGCUGGCACCAUCCUUGCCGCCAGCUGUCACUGUCUCUGGUGUUCCCACGCCUAGUCAGAGUGGUGGGAGUGGGAGUGGCAGCGCCCGUGCUGCUGGAUGGUUGAUGGGGGAGGAUGUGAGGCGGUGGGCUGCUGCUGCACUGGGCAACAUGGCAUGGCAGGAUGGCCGUGCGGAUGCCACCCUGCCGUUACUCCUCUCCUCAUCCUCCCCCUCCUCAUCAUCUCCAUCAACAUCAUCGUUCCAGUCACUAUCACUUUCAUCACAGCCGGUAGCGUCAGUGCCUAGCAGCACGCUCUCUCUUCUGGAUAUCGCUACCAAUCCAUUGCCCUCCUCUGCUCCUCUGCAGCCACAGCAGCAGAAGCCGCAGCAGCCAACGUUGCUUCCCCUCGCCGUCAUCCCUGAGGCUCUCCGUGCCAGCUGUCGCCAGCUGGACCUCCACGUGUGCCAGCUGGCGGCCGCGCGCUGCCGUGCCGUGCUGCGAUUGGUCGGCGGGCUGAGGGCGUAUGGGGAGGCUGCGGUGGUGGCAGGCGGGGUGGGGGUGACGGGAGGGAAGAGAGGCAGGGCGCAGGGAACAGUAGUAGCAUCUUCUGAGCAGGUUGCGAGCGAAGGUGAAGUGGAAGAGGUAUGUAGCAGGCAACCACUGCACGCCCCCCUCCCCACUGCAACUGUCUGCAUCAACUCGUAUCUGAGCACGAGCGCUGUAAGCCGGUGGGCGCGUGCACUGGAAGCCACUGUGACAGCUGCAGGGCUGAGACCUCUGCCUGCUGGUGUGGGCGAGAGGGAGAUGCGCGAUGAGGCGCGGGCUGCCAGAGAGGUGCUGGAUGGGAUGGGGCGGGUGGAUGGCGGGGUGGGGGCUCCUGAUGCCUGCGUUGUUGCUCCUUAUGAUGCUGAUGUGGUUUCUACUGAUGUUUCCACUGCUGCUUCUGUUUCUGCUGCUGCUGCUUCUACUGCUGCUGCUGGUGCUGCUGAUGCUGCUGCUGGUGCUGGUAGUGCUGUGGGCAGUGGUGAUAUUACUGCAGAUCCAGCUGCUGCAGCGAGCAGUGCGUCAGGCACACAUCAUGCACACCUCGUUGCUGCAGCAGGCAGUGGUGGCACACAGUCCGCACUAGCUCCAAUGGUAUCAGAGCACCUUCCCCCAGUCGUUCCUCUUUCUUGCUACAGAGAAUCCUUGCAAGCAGCGCUUGCUGCGCUUCGUUCUGCUCGCUCCCUCUCCUCCCUCCACCUCCACCACCUGCUGCCGAGCCUCGUUCCGAGCCUACUUCCGAGCCCAGUUUCGAGCCCCGUUCCGGACAUGUCGAGUGCAGCUUCGUCACUAGAUAAGCAGGCUGUCUCGUCGCCUCUUGUGGCCCAGUUCCUGGAAGCUUCUGACAGGAUUGAGCGUCUGGUGCAGGGAGGGGGGAGGGGUGACAGUACGGAUGGUGAUAGUAGAGUGGGGAAGGAACGCAGCAGUGGUGGUGUGGGUGGUGACGUGGAAGAGGGUGACUCAUGGCUGCUUGGUGCUCUGGAGGAGGAGGAGAGGGCUAUAGAGCAGCUCAUGGGCUCACUCCCUGCUGCUUCUGCUCCUGCUCCAGCUGCUGUUGCUGGUGCUGGUGCUGGUGCUGGUGCUGGUGCUGGUGCUGGUGCUGGUGCUGGUGCUGUUGGUGCUGAUGUUGCUGGUGCGAGUGAUGCGGCCACUACUGCAGAGGUUGCAGGGGAGCAGCAGCCAGGCAACAAGGGAACGGAGCAGGCAGCCUCUGCACCGUCCUCUCCUUCCCUCGCACAGCAGCAGGAGCCCACCGCGCUGAUCCACCUCUACCGGUCGUUUGACUCUCUUGCAGCAGCGCACUCUGCCUUCCUAUCACUCCUCCCAACCUCCACUGUCCCUGCUGCUCUUGAUGCUCCACUCACCACUACUGCUGCAGCAAAACCAGCAGCAACCUCCACUCCUCUCCUCCGUCUGCCUCCGUCAGUUCGUCUGUUUGUGGUGCAGGUGCAACUGGUGGCUGCAGUGCUGCGAGCCUGUCUGGCUGAGAGGAAGGCAGCAAACGCAGGGCGAGCUGAGGAGGGGAAGCAGGAGAGUAUCGAGAAAAGCAUAUCCGGCACAGAGGCAGAAGGAAGGGGUGAGGACUUGGAGGGGCAGGAGGGAAGUCAGAGUAGAGAAGCUGCUCUUUUCAAGAAGAUCCAUGUGGCGAUUCGUGAUUGGCAAGUUCUGCAGCUCUCGUCCCUCAUUGGCCAGUUCUGCCAGGCUGAGGUCAGCAGGCGUUCUGCUGACGCCAGCAAGCAGCACACGGCUGACGAUUCGAGUCUUUGCGUGCCAUCCCCGCGCAUGCACGCUGCACACGUGGCAGCCCUUGCUGCUGCACGUGCUGAGCUGGCAGGCUUUGAUUGGUUGCACGAGCCUCAGCUGCCAGCUGGCUGUGUGACACCUGUCCCUGUUGCUGCCACCCUGGCAGCGAACUCUAGUGGCUUUGGUGAUGCCGCUGGUGAUGAUGCUUCUGGGCUCAGUAGUGGUGGUGGUACUGGCAGCAUUCACCAGAAGCAGCACCAGCAGCAGCUGCAACCAUCGCCACCCCCCUCACGCACUGCCCUGCUAAGCCAAAUCUGCGCCGAUCUGGCUGUGGUGCUAAAGACAACGGAAGCCAUCCAGAUGUGGGAGGCGGCCGGCGCCACUUUCUUCCUCUCCUCUCCCCCUCGCCCAUUCGUCCAAGCAGCCUCGUCAGUCCAUCUGCAGGCGGCACAGCAGGCAGAGAGGGCGGCUCGGGCGGCUCAGGUGGAAACAACCGAAGCGCGGCUGGCAGCUCAGAAGCUGGUCGACAGGCUGUCAGUCACGCUGCAGGCGCAGUCAGCCAAUCAUAGUGCGGCCCUCUCUCAAGCGCACCAAGCAGCAGCAGGCCUCUCGUUGGCUGCUGCCAGCCUCGCCCCCUUCCUCUCCCACUCCAUCCUGCCUCUCGUUCGCCAGGCCUUUGACGCGGCGUCUGCAGUGCAGGGCUCAGUCCUUUCUGCUAUAAUCACACCGGAUAUUGUCUCGGCCGCCAAUAAAGUGCAUUCGGAGUGCCGCAGUUUCAUCGGCCUGCUUGAAGCAGUCCAAGGAACAACAUCUUCCCUUCCCUCCUCUCACCCCCACCACCUCUCCUCUCUCCUCAACCUCUCCUCCGUCCUGCACCAGCAAUGCUCCUCCCUCCUCCCAUCCAUCUGCCAUCUCGCACACACCACCCUCUCCGCCCUCCACACUCUCCGACUCUCCAAGCGCUGCCACCUGGCAUCCCAGUCAGCGGUGCCAGCGGUGAGAGACGCUGAGGUGGCAUCAGAAUCGCCGCCAGCGGGGCGGGUCUCAGCGGAAGCGCUGGAUGGCGCUGUGCUGGCAGUGUGCAGGCGUGAGGCAAAGGCAAGGCAGCAUGCGGAGCAGGUCAUAUUGCACCUGCAGCAGAAGCUCAACAAGCAAGACCCUCUUCUGUUCCCUGCUGCCACUGCAAG